UAGCUAAAAUGAUAGACACUCUCUUUAAAUAUGCUGCUGCCUAGCUCUCUUUUUGUGUCACAGAGGAAGAGUAGUGUUUUGGAUUUUACAAGCCCUAGGGUUUGGAAGGAGCUCCGCCAUGGAAUCCUCGGCGGACAGCAGCAAAAUCCCGUCGCUCGUCUCCCUGACGGCCGCAGCGAUCGUCGGCGCGAGCUUCAUGGCGAUAUCGGCCUACUGGAUGCAUCAGAGAUCCAUGGAGCGGCUGCUGGAGCGCGGAUUGGAGCGCCGGAAGCUUGGCAAGGAGGAUAAGGUGAGGCGCUCGCAGUGUAGGCGAUCCAAGACGGUGGUGGAGGCCAAGAGCUACGAAAUUUUGGCUGUGGAGACGGGGAUCGUGGCCAACGGGCUCACGAAUCACUCCGAUUCGAAGCUCGUCUCCUCCACCUCCCCGUCCGUGUCCGAUCACGAUGAGAAGAUCGAAAAGGCUGCAUUUGACCACAGUGCUUGCGCGAUCCCUCCUGGAUUGCCCAAAGUCAAGACCAAACGUGAAGGCUCUUGCCAGUCUCUUCACUCUGCUAGAAGAGCUACUCCUUUGGGGAAUUCCGUGAUGCGCUCCUCUCCUACGGCAAGUAAUGGUGCUUUUGGAAGUAUGGAAGAAUCAGACAAUGAGAGUGAUCUUGGCGAGGAUGAAGUUGCUGUGGAUGGUGUGACUCCCGAGCUAUCGUCUCCGAGAGAUAAUGCCGUUGAGCCUCCCGCGGGCGCAGUUGUGAGCGACACUUCGGAGCAGCAGAAGGCCAUGAAUCGAUCGAUCAGUAUCCCGGGAGAGAUGCAUCACGCACCGGAUCCUGUUGCUGCCGACAUCCUCCGAAAGGAGCCAGAACAAGAGACUUUUGUUCGCCUCAAUGUGGCUCCAAUCGACGCUCCUUCGGACGAGGAAGAAGAGGUUUGCUUGAUGAUGCAAGAGUGCCUAGAAAUGCGAGACAAGUACGUGUUUCGGGAAAUGGUGCCUCCCUGGAAGAAGGGGAUCUUUGACUCGUCAACACCCAAAGCAAACCCGGAUCCAUUUCGAUACGAGCCUCAAGCUCCCAGCAAGCACGUUUAUCGCAUGGAAAACGGAGUCGUCCAUGUCUAUACGGAUGCUGAUGCCAAAGAGGAACUCUUCCCGGUUGCUGAUGCUACAACCUUUUUUACUGACAUGCAUAGGAUACUUCGAAUCGUCUCACUCGGCAAUGUUCGAACUCUCUGCCACCACAGGCUUCGUCUCCUAGAGCAGAAAUUUAGUCUGCACUUGAUGCUUAAUGCAGAUCGGGAAUUCUUGGCUCAAAAGAGUGCACCACAUCGUGACUUUUACAACGUUCGUAAGGUUGACACUCACGUUCAUCACUCGUCGUGUAUGAAUCAGAAGCAUCUCCUGCGUUUUAUCAAGUCGAAGUUGAGAAAAGAACCUGAUGAGGUCGUUAUUUUUCGUGAUGGGAAGUAUCUUACGUUGAAGGAAGUUUUUGAAAGUCUAGACUUGACAGGUUAUGACCUCAAUGUGGAUCUUCUAGAUGUACAUGCGGACAAAAAUACUUUCCAUAGAUUCGAUAAAUUUAACUUAAAAUACAAUCCUUGUGGGCAAAGUAGGCUCCGAGAAAUAUUCUUGAAGCAGGACAAUCUGAUUCAAGGACGUUUUUUGGCCGAGUUGACGAAGGAAGUCUUCUCCGAUCUUGCUGGCAGCAAAUAUCAGAUGGCAGAAUAUAGGAUCUCUGUUUAUGGCAGAAAACAAAGCGAGUGGGAUCAAUUAGCAAGCUGGAUUGUGAACAACGAUUUGUAUAGUGAGAACGUCGUCUGGCUAAUCCAGCUUCCGCGCUUGUACAAUGUUUACUAUGAUAUGGGCAUUGUUACCUCUUUUCAGUCAAUUCUUGACAACGUUUUUAUACCGUUGUUCGAGGUCACUGUGAAUCCCGAUUCACAUCCUCAACUCCAUGUGUUUCUUAAGCAGGUUGUCGGUUUUGACAUGGUGGACGAUGAAAGCAAACCCGAAAGACGGCCAACUAAGCAUAUGCAGACUCCCGAACAGUGGCAAAUUUCUUUCAAUCCAGCAUACUCGUACUGGGCAUAUUACGUGUAUGCCAAUCUCUACACACUUAACAAGCUACGAGAGUCGAAAGGAAUGUCUACGAUCAAAUUUCGUCCUCACGCUGGCGAGGCUGGAGAUGUUGACCACCUUGCCGCAGCUUUUCUCUUGACCCAUAAUAUCGCCCAUGGAAAUAAUCUCCGGAAGUCGCCGGGUCUACAAUAUUUAUUUUACCUCGCUCAGAUCGGCUUGAGCAUGUCCCCUCUGAGUAACAACUCUCUUUUUCUGGAUUAUCAUCGAAAUCCGUUUCCAAUGUUUUUUGCUCGCGGGCUGAAUGUUUCACUGUCGACGGAUGACCCUCUACAGAUACAUCUUACUAAGGAACCUUUGGUUGAAGAAUACAGUAUUGCGGCUCAGGUUUGGAAGCUUAGCUCUUGUGAUAUAUGUGAGAUAGCUCGGAAUUCGGUUAACCAGUCUGGCUUUGAUCAUGGAGUGAAGUGUCACUGGCUUGGGAACAACUGUCACCUUCGAGGACCUGCGGGGAAUGACAUUCAUAAGUCAAAUGUUCCUCAUAUGCGAAUCGAAUUUCGGCAUGAGGUUUGGAAAGAGGAAUUGAAUUAUGUCUUCCUUGGACAAACCAAAAUUCCAAACUACGUGGAUAUUUGAACGAGGAUAGCAGGUUUGGCUUUGCCAAGGAUAUCUUUAAUCAUUUCGGACAUGAGGCCUUCCCCUGAGAGUGGUUAUUGUACAGGCGUAUAACUAGGACAGGAAGAGAGAGCCUUCUGGGCCUAUACAACGCAAAUCUUCCUUUUUUUUAAAUUUAUACUUUACUCUUUUCAGGUCAA